CGAAAUGUCUCAUUAACAAGUGCAACAAAACUAAAACUACUAGCAAUGAAAGUAUGCCUAAUGAAUUAAAGACAUUUAUCAUAUAAUUAUUGUGGAAAUGGUAAUAACAAGGCGUAAAUUCUUUACUAAUAUAUUGAAUUAUCUUUUUUUGAUUGUGAGAUAUAUAAAACGAGGCAUUGCCUCAAUCAAGAUCACUCUCAGCUUGGUUCGCAUCUACGCCAGCCGCCAUGGGAGCUUGGGUCAACAUUGUCUUUUUCCUGGCUGGUAUAAUACUGGCAGAGGCAUUGCCAAAGAGACUCCAGGAUCAAGUUCAAGAUUCCACCGAUAUUCAUGAAACCUACCAAAAAGUGGUGGUGAUACCGAGCAUCGAUAUACCCCUGAAAUCGUACUACGUAGCCCGACGUGAGGAUUUAACACAAGAGCGCAAGGACUACGACUACCCCGAAGCCGUAGGGUUAGCCAACCCCCAAGAGGAAAAUCUCACCACAGAAACCAAACAAAUAGUCUACCAAAACGCUUACGCACCCAUCCAGCAUCAACAUGAUGUAAGAUCGGCAGAAUCCGCCCCGGCGUACCAAUCCUUGGACGACACCGACCACCACUCGUACCACCACAAGAAAAAAAAGAAGGAGGUCCACUAUCACCAACACAAGCACUUGCAUCAGCACGAGCACAAGCAGGAGCAUCACCACAAACAUCAAGCCAUCCACGGGCAUAAAGAGGAGCACGGGCACGAGCACAAGCACGAGCACGAGCAGAAGCACGAGCACAAGCACGAGCACGAGCAGAAGCACAAGCACGAGCACGGGCAUCACCACGGUCACAAGCACGAACACCAAGGCAAGCACGAGCACGGGCAUCACCACGGUCACAAGCACGGCCAUCACCACGGUCACAAGCACAUGCAUCACCAGGAUCACAAGCACGGCCACAAGCACCAGCACGGCCACGAUCAUCACCACAAAGGCGAGCAUUCUCAUCACCACGGUCAUGAUCACAAGCACGACGGUAAUCACGGCCACGAUCACAAGCACAGUCACCAUCACAAGCACGAUGGUAAGCACGAUCACUGGCACGGCCAUGAUCACCAUUCUGAGCACAAGCAUGUGCACGAAAAGAAGCACGGAUGGCAUGGGUAACGUGCUUUGGUGUGUUUUGUAUUGUUAAAUUUUG